CGCCGCCCCCCUCUUCCUCCCCCUUCCUCCUCCCCCUCCGGCCUUCUAGGGCUUCUCGCUCGGAUCCGAAAUACCUCCGGGGAGCUCGCUCGCUCGGCAGGCGAUUCCUUCCCGAUCCGGCGGCGCGGCGUGGUCUGUCGGUCGGUCGGCGCUUCUAAGCCACGGGAGGUCGGGAGGGAAAGGGAUUCCGCUGCCUUCGAGUCCACUCCACCCUGCCCCCCCUCCAUCCAUCCCGAGAAAGCUCCCUUUCCCCCACCCACCUCCACCUCCACCUCCACCAGUCCAUCACUGGCGAGGAGAGGAGAAGAGAGACCGCUCACUCUCCGCUAGUAGUAUUAACCCCUAAUCCAGCUAGUAAUAAUCCCCGCCCGCCCAUGGCGUCCUCCCUCACGCCGCGCAGCCCGUACCAGAAAAAGGAGAACCUGGGGAGCCUGCGGCGGGGGAUGGGGUACAACGCGCCGCCGCGCCGCAACGUGCUCUCGGCCAUCAACAACGGCGGCGGCGCCAACGCCGAGCCGGCGCCCUCGGAGGCCGGCUCCGAGGCGCCCGCCUUCGAGUUCAGCGGGAGGGAGGAUGUGGACCGCCUGCUCAGCGAGAAGAUGAAGGGCAAAUCCAAGAACGACUACAAGGGCCGGACGGAGCAGAUGAGCGAGUACAUCAAGAGGCUGAGGGCCUGCAUCCGGUGGCUGGUGGAGCUGGAAGACGGCUACUUGGCCGAGCAGGAGAAGCUUCGGGGGCAGAUUGAUUCAGACAAUGCUCGUCAUGCAGAGUUUGAGGCUCAGCUCGGUGGUGCGCUUGAAGAAUUGAAAGCGGCAAACUUGGAGAUGACAACACGGUGUGACUCACUGGAGGAGAGCUUGAACAAGGAGAAGGCCGACAGGCUGAUUGCUGUGGAAUCCUAUGAAAAGGAAAGAGAAGAAAGGGAAUCAGCCGAGGCUUCACGGGAUGUACUGACCGUCGAUCUUGAAAGGGUCACUCAUGAGGCAAAACGGUUCAGUGAGCAGCUAAAAAUGGUCCAAGACACCAACAAAAGACUUCAGGAAUACAACUCCAGCUUGCAGCAAUACAACAGUAAUCUUCAAGCUGAUACAUCGAAGAACGGAGAAAUCAUUUCGAAGCUGCAAAGGGAGAAGAGUGCAAUGAUGGAAGCCAUGACUAAUCUGAAAGAUCUUAACAACUCAAUGAAGAACCAGUUGGAUUCUUCCAUGUCCUCCCAGAAAGAAGCAAUUAGAGUGAAAGAAGAACUUAGAAAAGAAGUAGAAUGCCUCAGAGCUGAUUUACAACAAGUUAGAGAAGACCGUGAUCAGUCUGUUGCUCAACUGAAUACCUUGACCGCGGAACUGGCCACUUACAGCGAACAGGCUAGAAAGUCUUCGAAAGACUCUGAACUUUUGAGAAUAAAGGCGGCAGCCUUUGAGGAAACAUGCAGUUCACAGCAAGAGCAAAUUGAAACAUUGCAGAAGCAGCUUGCAGUUGCAACUGAGAAGCUGAAGCAUGCUGAUGUGACUGCAAUUGAGGCGAUGACAGGAUAUGAAUCACAGAAAGAGACAAUCAAAGAUCUGGAAGAGCGUUUGGCAUAUGCAGAGUUUCAAAUCAUUGAAGCUGACAAGCUACGAAAGAAGCUGCACAAUACCAUCUUGGAACUAAAAGGCAAUAUCAGAGUAUUUUGUAGGGUUCGACCUUUUCUGUCGGACACCGAUUCUAAUGGUCAGGAAGAAGCCAUUAUUUCUUAUCCAUCAUCCGUGGAAAAUGCUGGGCGUGGUAUUGAUUUAAUGAAUCAAGGUCAGAAAUGUUCUUUUUCAUAUGACAAGGUUUUCGAUCACAGCGCUUCGCAAGAUGAUGUGUUUGUGGAAAUGUCACAGCUAGUCCAAAGUGCGCUUGAUGGAUACAAGGUAUGCAUAUUUGCAUAUGGUCAAACAGGGUCAGGUAAAACUUAUACAAUGAUGGGUAAGCCAGGCCGUGAUCAGAAAGGUAUCAUACCUCGAUCUUUGGAGCAAAUUUUCAAGACCAGUCAGUCUCUAGAAUCUCAAGGAUGGAAGUAUUGUAUGCAGGCGUCAAUGUUGGAAAUAUACAAUGAGACAAUUCGUGACUUGUUAGCACCAGGACGCUCCAGUAGUGAGAUGCCUGGCGGUAAACAAUACACAAUAAAGCAUGAUUCCCAGGGAAACACAACAGUCUCCGAUCUUACAACUACUAAUGUGUUCAGCACUGCUGAUGUGACGUCUCUUCUAGAGAAAGCAUCUCAUAGCAGGUCUGUAGGUAAGACCCAAAUGAAUGAGCAAUCUUCCAGGAGCCAUUUUGUCUUCACACUAAAGAUAUUUGGAUCAAAUGAGAGCACAGGCCAACAAGUGCAAGGUGUGCUGAACUUGAUUGAUUUGGCUGGGAGUGAACGGCUUACUAAAAGUGGCGCAACAGGUGAACGCUUGAAGGAAACUCAGGCCAUCAACAAGAGCCUGUCAGCUCUCAGCGAUGUUAUCUUUGCGAUUGCGAAAAACGAUGACCAUGUGCCCUUUAGGAACUCGAAGCUCACGUACCUCUUGCAGCCUUGCCUUGGUGGGGACUCGAAGACGCUCAUGUUCGUCAACGUUUCGCCCGAGGCGUCCUCAGCCGGGGAGACUCUCUGCUCCCUGAGGUUCGCGUCGAGGGUGAACGCGUGCGAGAUCGGGGUGGCGAGACGGCAGACACAGUCCAAGUCCUCCUCGGAUAACAGUAACAGGCUGAGCUACGGGUGAACUCUGUCAUGCCUGUUAACGGCCAUCGUGGCCUGAUGUUGAUGUGAUACUGCUGCAUAACGAGCUGCUAGGCUAGCAGCUCCGUGGGCCAACUUGGCCACGAGCGUGCUGGCGACGCGGCGCGGCUGGCCUCUGGUAUUAGCAACAUGUACAGUCAGUAGGGAGAGUGGCAGAGCAUGCGCUGUGGUAUUGAGAGCAGGAGAGAACCUCUGCUUCCAGCCAUGAUGAUUCGUCUUCUGUUUGUAGUAGCUGAUUGAUUUGAGAUUUAUUGAGUAAUGUUAACUGGCGCUAUAUUCUUUCUGUGUGACUUCAAGAAUGAAUCCAUGUGCUGAUAAUA